UUCACGUCAUCAUCCCACGGUCCUGCGCUCUUGGCGUGACGUGAAAGUUGAUUCGCUCCCGGACUCAGACAGAGUCAACCCGCGCAAUUCCUCAUCCCACGACAAAUUACAGACCUUUAUGGGAGGUAAAAACAAUUUCUACGUUGUGACUGUCGGGAAAGAUGUUGGCGUAUUCAAGAAAUGGCUUCAAGUGUCACGCGUACGCGAAGGAACAAAUUGCGAAGGAUAUGAGACGCAAGAAGAAGCAGUCAAAGCAUUCGAUGAAGCUCUGACAAACGGCUUCGUCAAAAUUAGUGGCUCUUUUGACCACCCGUACCAGAGCCCUAGAAUUCAUCCUCCUCUGGAUUGUCCUCCUUACUCCUGUGGUCCUGCCUCUGUUGCUGUCCCCAAUUCUCCUCCUCCAACACCAGGACGUGCCCGUGCACGUUCCAUUUCGACUCCAGCUCCGGCUCCUGUUCAUGUUCCCAUCUUUGCACCUUCUACACCUUCUCCUAGUACCUUUCUACCUCCUUCGGUCUUUGAGAAUGCGUCAUUCGGUGACAUUCCAGGAUAUGCCCAAAAUGUUACAAUCCGGUCUCCGAAGAGGGAAAAGGCCCCUAUCAACACUCCCACCCUACUGAAACAGAAUAAAGAGAUUCAAACAGUGGGUAGGACAAAAGGUGCAUGUGCUCAGUGCGGCUGUGAUUGCACAACGGACCCCAGACAGAAACAGCAGCAGAAUGGAGCCAGCUCCUCUCGCUCUACAAGCGACCCGUCGCAGAGCGCAAAAGGCAAACAAUCUACUCGUCGAGAUGAACUUAGUGUCAUCAGCUCGGAAAGCGAAUCAGACGACGUGUUCACACGUUCCUCGAGUUCAGAUGAGAAGAAGGCACCAAUCACUCCUCGUCGUGCUCAUACUCGAAUUCCUGCAAGUGUUCACAGCACACAUAGAUCAAGCAUCCGAGCAAAGCCUGUUUUGCGUACGCUGUCAGCACCGCCAAAUAGUAGUAGCUUCGCUUCACCACCUUCGUCGCCUUCGCGAAUUCACCAAAAAUUGAAACCCCAACCUCCCGCUGCCGCUGCCAGUAGUCCCCAACCAGCUGCUGCGACUUCGCGCUAUCACCGAAACCCAAAUACCCAAUUUCCUACUUCCACUACCACCACUAACAGUAGUUUCCAACUACCAAAUGCUGUGAUAGAUAUUUCGGAUGUUGAAUCCUAUCCUAGUUCAGAUUCGUCUGUUUCUGGCUCAAAGACUGAUGAAGAAGAAGAUUCUUCCGGACCAGAAGAUGUGACCCCCCUACAAACUCGACAACGACUACUCAGUCCUCUGACUUCUCCAAAUUUCAAGAACGCAGUGUUGACAGAUGGUGUCGGUGGUGGUGUUCACAGACACCCUGAUGUAAAGGGUAAAAAAACGACUGUCUCAAACUCCUCCCCUUCUGCACAGCGCAAAAGGAGUCCUUAUACCCCGAAUUGUACAGCGGAUGUGUUUACUACUGGGACCAGUCUUGGUGCUGCCGCGGAACAUCUUGUUUCUCCCCGUCAAGGUCAUACCAGUUCUUCUUCACCACGUGUAUCCCCUGUUUCAAGAUUUGGAGGCUCCGAACUUGAACAAGGUAGUAGCAACGACGGUGUCAGCAGCGCGUUGGGUCUAUUGCACCAGUCCCCUGCACCGACUAAUAUUAGCGCGAUGUACAAUGUCAUUUUAGAUCCCAGGUCUCCGAUCCUCCGAAACCGUGUCAUGGCUUUAGGGGAACCAAACUCCUCCUCUUCUCCUUCUUCUACUCCCUUUGGACUGAGACCUUCGCCCCGGGCUAAAACUCGAGUUCCAGGUCUGAGAUCCCCUGGAAAGUUAGUUUUGCUUGAAAAUUAGCCUGGAAUCAGCUCUUGUUAUCGUGUUAUCGUGUACACUUCUUGUUAACCUCUGUAAAAUAUCCAUCUUGGUAUUGUACGUAUGUAUCAUUUGUAUGUUGUCGAACCUAUCUCUAGUACAUAGGCUUGAAGUUGCUUGUCCAAAUCAGUAGCCCCACUUUGCUCUCCUUUGAAUCCCAUCCUCAAUCAAGAAAUCGUUGUUGGGGGAAGUCGGGAGCACCAGACGGUUAUUAGGAUGAAUUGGCCGUGGUAAAAGCAAGAUGCAAAGUGUAUCGAAGAGUACACGUAGAUAUGUGUACAAACGAGCCUUAACGAGCUCGUUGGCCGGGAACAAAAAGCGAAAAUCCUGGAAUA